AUGUCAAAUGCGAAUCACUUGAAGCUAGAGGGUGUCGUCUCAGAAGACAUCCAUGCCCUAGUGGAGCUUUGGUUUGCCGCUUUUUCUGACCCCCAUUCAAGAAGCCUGUUUCCUGAUACAACCGGUGUAAAAAACUGGCUGCAGGAUGCCAUUUCUCGCGAUAUGCUUGAACAUCCUUUUCAGACCUAUAUGAAAAUCAUAGAUACUGGGUCCAAAGACACCGAUGGAAAACCGCCAAUAGCCGCAUAUGCCAAAUGGGACUUUUCCUUGGCUGAAGAAAGAGGACCACGCUACCCACCGUGGCACACUGAUAUGCCCAAAGGACUUUGUGACGCGUUUGUGAGGAGAGGGGAGAAUAACCGAAGGCGUGUUAUGGGCAACGAAAAGCAUCUUUUUUUGGACAUCGUUGCGACACAUCCAUCUUAUCAACGGCAAGGCGCUGCUACUAUGCUUGUGAAGUGGGCUUGUGAACAGGCGGAUGCAGAAAGGCUAAGUAUUUAUGUGGGCGCGAGUGAGGACGGUGCUGUAUUUUAUGCAAGAUUCGGAUUCACAGAUUAUAGUAUCGUUGGACAGGGUACUGUAUCAAUGGUUCGUCGGGAGCAUGAUCAGAGUUGA